AUGAAUUCUCUGCAAUUACACUGCUCUCUUCACUUCCACCGUCCAAAACACCUUCUCCGCAGCUCUACCAUCUUCACUUCCCGGAAUUGCCACUUCCCCGGGAAAAUCAUUCUCCGUCAAAGUUUCAGAGGCGAACCCAACCCUAGCUCCUUCGUUUGCUUCGCUCAAUCCGAUACGAAGGAAUUAGGUUUCGAUGGCGAGAAAUUGGAACGUCCUCCUUUCGAUAUCAAUCUCGCCGUUAUCCUCGCUGGUUUUGCUUUCGAAUCCUACACUACACCUCCUGGAAAUAUUGGGAAACGAGAGGUUAAUGCAGCUGGAUGUAAUACUCUCUACCUCUCUGAGUCAUUUGUUAGGGAGAUAUAUGAUGGGCAAUUGUUGAUAAAACUCAAAAGAGGAUUUGAUUUUCCUGCCUUGGAUCCAUGGGGAACGAGUGAUCCCUAUGUGGUGAUGGAUUUGGAUGGUCAGGUUGCUAAAAGCAAAACCAAAUGGGGGACAAAAGAGCCAAAAUGGAAUGAAGACUAUGUUUUUAAUAUCAAACUGCCCCCGGCAAAAAAGAUACAGAUUGCAGCUUGGGAUGCGAAUCUUGUUACUCCACAUAAACGGAUGGGGAAUUCCGAAGUCGACCUGGAAUGCAUUUGUGAUGGAAACUUGCACGAGGUGCUAGUAGAACUCGACGGAAUUGGAGGUGGUGGGAAAGUUCAACUGGAGAUUAGGUACAAGGGAUUUGAGGACAUUGAAGAAGAAAAGAAGUGGUGGAAGUUCCCGUUUAUUUCAGAAUUCUUUCAAAGAAAUGAAAUUGAGUCAACUUUGAGAAAUCUUGUUGACUCGGACGCUGUACCAGCACGUCAAUUUGUAGAGUAUGCCUUUGGACAGUUAAAGUCACUCAAUGAUGCUCCCCUUAAGAAUAUUGAACUACGAGACAAUAAUAUGGACGGCUCUGAAGGUGACGAAAACUCUAAUCAUCGUUCUCCAGAGGUAGAUGUGCUUUCUGAUGAGACUAGUUCAGAGGAUUCAUUGGAGCAGAAUUGUGAUAGCGAAGAUAAAGAAGGUGAUAGUGAUGGCAGCAUAGCGUCAGAAAGUAACUUCUGGGAUAACUUUCCUGACAUAAUUAGUCAGAAUAUCGUCCAGAAACUUGGCCUUCCUUCACCUGAGAAAUUUAAGUGGGAUGGAAUGGAAAUACUGCCUGAGAAAUUUAAGUGGGAUGGAAUGGAAAUACUGGAAAAAUUUGGUGUACAAUCACGAAAAACUGCAGAAGCAGCUUACAUUGAAUCAGGGCUUGCCACUGCUGAUACUCGAAAAGGUGAUGAUGAAAAGGAAGAAGACCAGCUCGCUAUUAAUGCGUCCAAGUCUUCCCUUGCAGACAUGAAAAAUGCGACACAAGAAUUGCUUAAGCAGGCUGAUAAUAUCUUUGGUGCAUUGAUGGUUUUAAAAGCAGUAGUGCCUCAAUUAAGUAAGGACAGUCCUGGUACACAGAAGGUCAUAGAGAAAGAUGGUGCUUCCAGUGUCACUGGAGAUGUCUCUAGUUUCUCUAAGAGGGAAAAACUCUCUGGUCUAGUGAAUAUUGAAGGAGCGGAUGAAAAGAACGCUGAGGAAAUGAAAACACUAUUUUCUAGUGCAGAAAGUGCCAUGGAGGCAUGGGCAAUGCUUGCCACUGCCCUGGGGCAUCCAAGCUUUAUCAAAUCUGAAUUUGAAAAGUUAUGUUUUCUAGACAACGACAGUACUGACACACAGGUGGCAAUUUGGCGUGAUGCAAGGAGGAAAAGAGUAGUUAUCGCUUUUAGAGGAACUGAGCAGACAAAGUGGAAAGAUUUGCAGACUGAUUUGAUGCUAGUUCCUGUUGGUCUGAACCCUGAACGAAUUGGUGGGGACUUCAAGCAAGAAGUACAGGUUCAUAGUGGAUUUCUGAGUGCAUACGAUUCUGUAAGGAUAAGGAUAAUAUCAAUGCUCAAAAUGGCAAUUGGCUACAUAGACGAUGUUGCUGAGCGUGAAGAUAAAUGGCAUGUUUAUGUGACUGGCCAUAGUUUGGGUGGUGCAUUAGCUACACUCUUGGCUAUCGAACUUGCGUCAAGCCAAUUAGCUAAACGUGGAGAAAUCACUGUUACUAUGUACAAUUUUGGUUCUCCAAGAGUCGGCAACAAAAAAUUUGCUGAAGUUUAUAAUCAGAAAGUAAAAGACAGCUGGAGAGUUGUAAACCAUAGAGACAUAAUUCCCACGGUCCCUCGCUUAAUGGGUUAUUGUCAUGUUGCUCACCCUGUUUAUCUUGCUGCUGGAGAAGUGGAAAGUAUGGAGUUCCAGAAAGAUGGUUAUCAUGGUGAGGUGAUUGGAGAAGCGACUCCUGAUAUUCUUGUUAGUAGAUUUAUGAAAGGUGAGAAGGAACUUGUUGAAAAGAUACUUCAAACUGAAAUAAAAAUAUUCAACGCAAUUCGUGAUGGGAGUGCCCUUAUGCAGCACAUGGAGGAUUUUUAUUACAUCACACUCUUAGAGAAUUACACUGACUUAAAUUAUGGAAGAUACAAUCUCUCACAGGAUAGUAAAAUUUGA